GGUAGUCAGAGAACCUGGAAAGUUGCUUCUUCUGUCUCUAUUUGAAAGGGAGAAGCAAGAAGCUAGCAACCAGGAUCCACAGCACAGCACAACCUAGCUCAGCCAAGCCAAGCCCCAGCUAACCAUGGGAGCCUGCCUUAGUCCCUCUGACGACGAAUCGGAGUGUUCUGGCGAAGCUUCCUACAGUCCACUAUUCUUCCAUCCCUCCAUCAAAGGAUCCCAGGUUUUCAUGGAUGAAUCUUGCUGCAGAGUAAGUAGAAGAGACACGUUCCAUGAUGGUAUCGUCUUCUCCAACCGUCCCGUCGAACUUUAUGAGAAAGUGACGCUGAAAAUCCUACAAGAUGACCAGAAGUGGCAGGGUGGUCUACGGGUGGGCUUCACCUGGAAAGACCCCUGCCUCCGGACUGGCAACCUGCCUCCAUUUGUGUGCCCAAACCUGGUCACCCAAGGGAAGACUUGUGCCUGUGUUUUACCAGAUGAAUAUAUUGAAGAAGAUACCAUUAUCAGCUUCUGGGUGGACAGCUGGGGAUGCGUCUUCUGCAGCACCAACCUUGAGGCCGAAGGGUCCUUCCUCUUCAGCGGCGUUUCGGUUGAAUCCCCUCUUUGGGCGGUUGUGGAUGUCUAUGGAAGAACCAAAGAGGUCGAACUUCUUGAUCCCACUUGUUUGGAGUUCCAGGAAAAAGCUGAAGGAAACACUGCAGAAGAUUGCAUGGUCUGUUUUGCGUCCCCAGCCAGUACCAUGAUGUUCCCUUGCUAUCACUCCGGCUUCUGCUCCAGAUGCUCCUUGAAGAUUCUCAGAACCAGCGCCCGCUGCCCUCUCUGUCGGGAGAAGGUGAAAAAAAUCCUCUGGAUCUCUGUUUUGGCGGAGAACAAGGGACUGCACAGUUGGUUGGGAAAAUCAGAGUGUGUCCCUUCCCUGAGGUGACGAAACAUGCACGGUUGCAGAGCUCCUGAAAUACGUCCGUCC